AUGACUUCGAGAAUUGCCAUUCUCGGCUCUGGAGAAGUUGGCUCCACGAUUGCCUAUUCGCUGAUUUUGAACCCUGUGGCUGGAGAGAUUUUGCUUGUUGAUCCUAAGGAGGAAGUCCGCGAUGCACAAGUGCAGGAUCUUUCUGAUGCUACUUUCCAUGGAGACACAAGUACUCUUGUCCGCGCAGGCACGCACAAGGAAGCUGGUCAAUGCGAUAUCGUUGUCAUCACCGCCGGAGCUGCACAGAAGAAGGGAGAGAGCCGCACCGAUCUCGUCGGCCGCAACCUCAAGAUCCUGGGCUCGGCGAUCGAGGACAUGAAGCCCUUCCGCGAGGAUACCAUCAUCGUCUUGGUCACAAACCCCGUGGAUAUCCUGACUUACUUUGCUCAAAAGUUCUCUGGACUUCCCAAGUCCCAGGUCAUUGGCAGUGGUACCUUCCUCGACAGCGCACGUCUGCGCGGUAUCCUCUCUGCAAAAUGCGGUGUCGCUGCUUCCUCCAUUGACGCAUAUGUGCUGGGCGAGCACGGAGAUUCGCAAAUGGUCGCAUGGUCUCACGCUUCGGUCGGCGGCAUUCCUCUCGAAGAAGCCCUCCCCGACGCCUCCAUCGACAAAGCCUCCAUCGCAGAAGACACCAAGAAAAAAGCAGCCGCCAUUGCCGAAAACAAAGGCGCCACCGCCUACGGUAUCGGCGGCGUGACGUCUUCCAUCUGCAAGUCGAUUUUGUUUGACGAGUGCAACAUCAGACCCCUGAGUCAUUACCAGGAUGAUAUGAAAGUUUGUAUUUCGAUGCCAGUGGUUAUUGGUAGAAAGGGUAUUGUGAAGCAGAUUCCGUUGAAGUUGAGUGAGAGCGAGCAGAAGGAGUUGGAGCAGAGUGCCAAGAGCAUGAGGGAGAUUAUCGAGGAUGCUGAGAAGGAGCAGAACAAGGAGUAA